AAGAGCGUGUGAAGAAGGUCAACGGGAGAAUAAUAGAAGUCAUUGGAGUUCUCGUCACGGUGGGGUUCCCAACGAAGUUACAUCGAAAUCAACAGGACCUUCAUUCAAACCCUUUCACAAUCUCUCUUCAUUCAUUCAUUCUUCGUCUUCUUCUUCAGUUUCAGAUCGCAGAGAAACACACUCCAAUAAGACACUCGUCACUGCAGAGAAAAACAAGAGAGAGAAAUUAUGGAAGGUGAAUUUUGCGAGUGCAGACCAUUGGGUUUCGUGAUUGGAUUACCCUUCGCUCUGCUUUCAUUGGUUUUUUGUCCUGUAGGUGCUGUCAUCUGGCUUCUUGGGUCAAUAAUGAGUUGUUUGUGUCCAUGUUGGAAGUGUUGUGGAGAAAUCAGCAACGUGGGUGUGAGUCUUGUAAAGUUUCCAAUUAGGGUUCUUACAUGGUUUAUAGAAAAGAUUCCUUGUUGAUGGUGGUUUAAUAUUUUUUUUAUUUGAUUUAAUGUGAAACUCAUAUUUUAUGAGUG